CCGGAAGUGAGUCUAGAGUCGGGGCCUGAUGAGAGCAGCUGCCACUGCUUGAGGUGAAAGAUCCAGCCGGACUUCCUCAAAUGAGACAUCCACAUUCUUGUCUCCCAGUCAUUCCCCAAAAGAGUCUGGCACAGAAGGAGGAACCUAGUGAGUAUUUACUGACUGAAUGAAUGAGCAAACACAGGUAAGAAUGCAAAAUGCUGUGGAAUUCAGAGGAGGGAGAUCAUAUGCUGUUAACAAACUAGCAUUCAUUCAACAGAUUGGUGUUUGUUUUCUACCCUAGUGGAGUUAUUAGGAUAGAGGACUAAGCACAUGGACUGGAAAUUGGAAGGGAGUGCUUGGAAAACAGAGUCCCCUGAGCUGCAGGAGCGAGAAGUCAUUGUAGAGGACACAGGAGAAGAUGGCAUCUCUGAAAGCUUCCAGCUUCUACAGAUUGAUGUGGAAUGCCAGCAUCGGGAGGAGGGAGAGACCAUGCCCACAGGCAGUGCGAUGUGGUGCUCGAAAAAUGUCCAAAGAAAACGGAGACACUGGGAAAAGAUAGUGGCAGCAAAGAAGAGCAAAAGAAAGCAAGAAAAAGAAAGACGAAAAGCUAAUCGUGUAGAAAAUUCAGGCAUCUGCCCCCAGCACAGCAAACGUUUUCUGAGAUCCUUAACCAGGGAGAGACUUUUGGAAGCCAAACACUCAGGACCAAGACUCUGUAUCGAUCUGAGUAUGACCCACCACAUGUCUAAGAAGGAAUUAAGUAGACUGGCUGGACAGAUCCGGAGGUUGUAUGGAUCAAAUAAAAAAGCUGACAGGCCAUUUUGGAUCUGCCUCACUGGAUUCACAGCAGAUAGCCCCCUGUAUGAAGAGUGUUUGAGGAUGAAUGAUGGAUUUUCUAGUUACCUGCUAGACGUAACAGAAGAAGACUGCUUUAGUUUGUUUCCUCUGGAAACCCUUGUGUACCUGACUCCUGACUCAGAAUAUGCUCUUGAAGAUGUUGAUCCAAACAAAGUUUACAUCCUUGGUGGACUUGUGGAUGAAAGCAUUCAGAAGAAGGUGACAUUUCAAAAAGCCCGAGAGCACUCUCUCAAGACAGCCCGCCUGCCAAUCCAGGAAUACAUGGUCAGAUGCCAGAAUGGGAGAAACUAUCACUCAGAGAUACUGGCCAUUAAUCAAGUAUUUGAUAUCCUGUCCACUUACUUUGAGACUCAAAACUGGCCUGAAGCACUCAAGAAAGGAGUUUCUUCCAGAAAAGGCUAUGUUCUUCAGAACUCAGUGAAGUGAUGGGCGGCUGCAGGCGGCGAUAUUGCUGGCGGGGCCUUGACCAAAGAGAAGGUGGCAGUGGCACUCACAUGUCUUUAUUGAUGUCUUGAAUCUGCAGUAGGAUAUGUUACUAAUAACAGGGACCACACUUGAUGCUUUUUUGUAUCUCCCAUCGUGCCUGGCACACAGGAAGUGCCCAGAUAUAUGUUGACUUAAAGUUUACAUAACAAAUUAACCUUAAAACUACAUGGCUUUGGAUGUAUUAAUUCAUCUUUUGUACAUCUACUUGUGAAAAACCUACUCUUUAGAUAUAGCUUAAAUAAUUAAAUAAUCGUUGUUCUA